GUGAUAAAUCUCAUCAAAAUUCUGACCAGGUUCAGUGCACCUCCCACUGGAGAAGUCUUUCUACACCACCUUCACACUUGUCUCUGUUAAAUCCGGAAAAAAGCGAUAGCUUUAUAUCUCUUAGGUAGAUUCGAUUUAUGACGUGAGUUGAGGUUAAUAUAAACAAGGUGAAGGUAACUAUAGUGUUGAAUUUCUACAAAUCAGGAUCCACCCUUGUUAUUGUUAGCGUCUCUCUUCCAAAAGUUAAAGUAACAUUCCCACCACUGUCGCCGCCGGUAACAAUGGCUUUCUCCGAAUUCCGACCACUCGAUGACAAGUCUCUGAUCGAAUACAUUAAGGCUGUCCCUGCCCUCUCUUCCAUCCUAGGCAACAACGUCUCCGACUUGUCUGUCAAAGAAGUCGGAGAUGGCAACCUUAACUUUGUCUUCAUUCUCCUCAACUCCUCUGGUUCUCUUGUCAUCAAACAGGCUCUGCCUUAUGUUCGUUGCAUAGGGGAAUCAUGGCCGAUGACGAAGGAGAGAGCAUAUUUUGAGUCUAUGGCUUUGAAAGAAGAGUCUCGGUUGUGCCCUGAGCAUGUCCCUCAAGUGUAUCACUUUGACCGUACCAUGUCUUUGAUUGCUAUGCGUUACAUUGAGCCUCCACAUAUAAUUCUUAGGAAAGGGUUGAUUGCUGGGAUUGAGUAUCCUUUGCUGGCUGAGCAUAUGGCUGAUUUCAUGGCUAAGACACUCUUCUUUACUUCUCUCCUUUUCCGCACCACUGCUGAUCACAAACGGGACGUUGGCGAAUAUUGUGGGAAUGUGGAGUUAUGCAGGCUCACUGAACAGGUUGUUUUCUCUGAUCCUUACAAAGUUUCUGAAUAUAAUCGUUGGACUUCCCCUCAUCUCGAUAGUGAUGCGGAGGCUGUUCGGGAAGACAAUUUGCUGAAGCUUGAAGUUGCUGAGCUCAAAUCUAAGUUCUGUGAGAGGGCUCAGGCACUAAUACAUGGAGAUCUACACACUGGUUCUGUGAUGGUAACUCCUGAAUCAACACAAGUUAUUGAUCCAGAAUUUGCAUUCUAUGGACCAAUAGGGUUUGACAUUGGAGCAUUUUUGGGAAAUUUGAUUUUGGCUUUCUUCUCUCAAGAUGGACAUGCUGAUCAAGCAAAUGAUCGAAAAGCAUAUAAAGAGUGGAUUCUUAAGACAAUUGAAGACACUUGGGAUCUUUUCCACCAGAAAUUCACUGCACUUUGGGAUGAGCAUAGAGACGGUGCUGGUGAGGCAUAUCUUCCAGCAAUCUAUAACAAUCCUGAGGUCCAGCUGCUUGUACAGAAGAAAUACAUGACAGAUUUGUUUCAUGACAGUCUUGGAUUUGGUGCUGCCAAAAUGAUAAGGAGAAUUGUUGGGGUGGUACAUGUUGCGGAUUUUGAGUCAAUUACUGAUGCUGAUAAACGGGCAAAUUGUGAAAGGAGGGCGCUUAAUUUAGCUAAGAUGCUUCUCAAAGAAAGAAGAAAAUUUGAAGGAAUAGCUGAAAUUGUUUCAGCAAUCAGGGAAUUCUAGUUCUAGUCAUGGCAAGGUUUUUCUAUAUCAAAACCUCCAUCAUGGAUCUUUUUUUCUCUUUUACAUUUUGGUCGCAUGGGUGUUUGUGAGGCAUCCAAGUAAGAGGUGACUGAAAAUAAAUAAAUAACAUCACCAGCUUUAAUUUUUGAAAAACAAUUGAAAAAGAUGCGUGUUUCCAGUUUCUUUGUGUAUUUGAAUAUAGCAUGGGAGAAGCUGGAAUCUUUAAGGUCGAUCCCAUGUUGCACUUGUACGC